AUGAAUCGACUCGACUUGCCUGAAUACGCAGAAGAUGCUGCUAUAUUACGCUUCUAUCAUAUAGAUUCGCUUGAGCCUGAUGUGUGGGUGGAUGAUGAAGAAGGAGACGAUCAUAAGCAUUCACAUGAAAGGGAAUCAAGCAUUCAGCAGUUUCAACAUCCAGAACAGGACGAUCCUUUGAAUACAGCUUCGUUGCGUCCAUCAGAGAGCGAUAUCGACUUGCAAGUGAUUGAUGAUAGUGAUCCUCUGGGCGUGUAUUCUUCUAUUUUUCCAGAUGAUAUGUCUAGAAAUACAAACAUCACACAACUCAAAGAGAAGACAUCCAUGAUGAUUACCAACAAAAAGUUCCAACCUCGCCAGUUCUUGCUUCAGGUCCAUAAGCACACUGCAUACAACGAUUUGGUCGCUGGCGAGGAACGUCUAAGAAAAGAUGUUGACCAAAGAGCAGAGGCCCUAAAGAAUCUCGUGCACCAAAACUUUGACAGAUUCGUCAGCGCCAAAAACACUAUUGAUCAUGUGUAUGAAGAGAUGAAAUCCAAGCAACUAAAUCAGCAACAAGAUUAUGGCACUAUUGAUAUUCAAAGAUCGUUGGACGCUGCCAAUACUCGUGCUGAACAAAUCUACGGUCCUGUGGUGGAGAGACGUCAACGAGUAGAGAAGUUGAAGAGCACUUUGUACAUUCUACAGCGAUACCGAUUCCUGUUUAAUCUACCGAGCAGUCUACUGGAGUCCAUCAAGCAGACGAAAUACGAAGCUGCUAUUCGAGACUACAAAAAGGGAAAAUACCUGUAUCAAGUACUCAAAGGCGAUUUAGACUCGACAGACAGAUCCACAGGCUUAUCCGACAUGGAAAAGGACACUGGCAUCACAGACCUGCAUCGCAAAGUGUUUGACAAGGUGUGGACAGAAGUAAGCAAGAUUGUGAUUGAACUACAAAAUGUCUUGUUGAGAAUGCUGGCCGACCCUUGGCGAAGUAUGGACGAUCAAGAAAAGACCAUCAAUUUCUUGUUUGAUUUGGAUACAACAGAAGAUCCAGCUUGGUUUUAUUUGGACAGCCAAUAUCAAUGGAUCAUGGGACUGAUGAAGGAGACUUACGACACCAGUGUUCGAAAGAUCAAUCGAUUGAAAGCAGAGGACGGCGAUACAGAAGAAUCAGCCGUCAAGCGUAGUUUGGCAUUGAAGAUGGCCAUUGAGCACAUCUCGACCAAAUUGGCUGAACUCAACAUCGAAUCCUCCUCAGAGCUGCAGAUUUGGCAGGCCAUCUCUGAGCUGGUCAAAUCGCAGUCUUCCCUCUUAUUACGCUGCUUGCCUGAUUUCUGGAGACUGUCUACAGCCUUCAUUGAGGGCAAAUUUGCCAACAAGGCAGCAGCAGUGUCUUUUGCUGGUCCCAUGGGCGUUGCCAUGGACUCACCUUCCUCUCGACGAAGACGCCAUGGCAUGGACAUGGGCAAAGUGGAGCAAUGUCAGCGUAUGACACGAGACAUCAUUGGCAGAUAUGCAACACUGAUCUCCGAGUACUUUUCACUGCAUCAAAGACAACUGCAAACCAAGCAAACCAUGGACGGCGACAAAUACGUGAUGCCCUCCUUUGUGCCCAUCAAUGCCAACUCCAUUUACACUUGCGAGUACCUGACACUGAUUAUUGGUGACUUAGCAAACUGCGUCAACAAUAUCAAUACCAUCAAUUUAGCAGGUGAAGCGUUCUCGGGGCUAACAGAUCUCAUGGAAAAAGCCAGAUCCAAGUUCAUUGAUGUGCUCUGCAAGUGCUGGGAAAGAGAUGCAAAGACGUUUUUCAUGCUGGAGGAAUGGAUCCUGGACCCUCAAAACCCUCAAUUCACCACCCUGUUGAAGCGUUACUAUGACUACCACAAGUUUUGUGCCAGAACAGCGCACAAGAUCUGCAGUCUGGCUGCUGUCAAUGCCGAUAUCAACGAGCCUCAAGAGCGCAUCAUACCACCCAGUUAUAUCGAGAAAGUGCGAGGAUCCUUUUUGGAGUCGACAUAUACCUUUUUGGACGGAUUGGUCCAACUGGCAUUUAUGGAUUACACACCACUGAAUGAAAAGGACGAGUUGCUGCUGGCCAAGAAGAGAGAAAAGAUUGAUGUGCAUUCGAUGGAUGUGCGCAUCUUGCUGACAGUCAGUAAUCUAGACCACAUGCGAUGCAAUGUCAUGCGAAAGUUGAUUGAUUUGUUUGAGGAUGCUUACCAUGUCAAGAUGGAGGAAGAUUUGCGCACCCUGAUUGACGUGGUGGAUCAGCUGGAUGAAAUCUUGUUUGGCGACUACAUUAAACGUAAAUCCCAAAUGAUUCGAGACAUUAUUCGACAAGGUAUCCUUAUGAGUGGUAUUGACUGGUCCAGUAUUCCCAAGCCGCAAGAAGUGCACCCAUUUGUCUAUGAAGCUCUGAUUACCUUGGUCAUGGUGCACUCACAAAUCAGCAGUGUCACUAAGCAAUUGGUGUCUCGCGCACUCUCCAGGCUCCUGGAGGCCAUGGCCAAUGACUGUUUGGAUAGCUUUAGACAAGUAGAACGCUUUGGCAUGGGAGGUAUGCUUCAAGCGACACUGGAAAUUGAAUUCAUGCAUCAGACACUAUCACAAUACGUCACACCUGCUGCAUCAGAUACCCUUCAAUCCAUUUAUCAAACCAUCGAACAAGCAUAUGAUCCUCAGCAACAACAAUCCAGCAACCUGCAGUCCGAAUUGAGUCAUGUCAAGGAAUUGCUGGUGUUCAGUCGAAAAAGCACUGUGGUUCAAUUCUUGUGUUUCAAGCAGAACAAGGAUCGCAGCAAAAAAUCCACUGCUUCAGCUAAAUAG